CCCUCCUCGCGGUGCACAGCCCAGCUGGGAUAUAAGCAAGUCACCCGGAGGACCAGGGGUAGCCGAGACAGCCGGGUGGGUCGCGUGGGACCCGUGCCGUGUCCCGUGCCGUGUCCUGUGCCGUGUCCUUCGCCUCGACGCCGGGCACCAUGGCGACGCCUUCACAGAAGAGGAGCACCCGCAGCGGGGCUUCGGGGACCCCCUUGUCCCCCACCCGCAUCACCCGCCUGCAGGAGAAGGAGGACCUGCAGGAGCUCAACGACCGCCUGGCCGUCUACAUCGACAAGGUGCGCUCGCUGGAGCUGGAGAAUGCCGGCUUGCGGCUCCGCAUCACCGAGUCGGAGGAGGUGGUGAGCCGCGAGGUGUCGGGCAUCAAAGCCGCCUACGAGUCGGAGCUGGCGGACGCCCGCAAGACCUUGGAUUCGGUGGCGAAGGAGAGAGCGAGGCUGCAGCUGGAGCUCAGCAAAGUCCAGGAGGAGCACAAGGAGCUGAAAGCCCGGAACGCCAAGAAGGAAGGGGACCUGCUGUCCGCCCAGGCGCGCCUCAAGGACCUGGAGGCUCUGCUCAACUCCAAGGAGGCUGCGCUCUCCACCGCCCUGAGCGAGAAGAGGAACCUGGAGUCCGAAGUGCGGGACCUGAGGGCACAGGUGGCCAAGCUGGAAAGCGCCUGUAACGAGGCCAAGAAGCAGCUGCAGGAUGAGAUGCUGCGCCGUGUGGAUGCCGAGAACCGGCUGCAGACGCUGAAGGAAGAGCUCGAGUUCCAGAAGAACAUCUACAGCGAGGAGCUGCGGGAGACCAAACGCCGCCACGAGACCCGGCUGGUGGAGAUCGACAACGGGCGGCAGCAGGAGUUUGAGAGCAAGCUGUCCGAGGCCCUGCAGGACCUGCGGAGACAGCACGAGAACCAGAUCAAGCAGUACAAGGAAGAACUGGAGAAGACCUACAGUGGAAGCUGGAGAACGCCAAGCAAUCUGCCGAGAGGAACAGCAACAUCGCAGGGUGCUGCCCACGAAGAGCUGCAGCAAGUCCGCAUCCGCAUUGACAGCCUCUCCUCCGAAGUCAGCCACCUGCAGAAGCAGCUGUCUGCCAAGGAGGCAAAGCUGCACGAUCUGGAGGAAGCUCUGUCCCGGGAGCGCGAGACCAACCGGCGCCUGCUCGCCGACAAGGACCGGGAGAUGGCCGAGAUGCGGGCACGCAUGCAGCAGCAGGACGAGUACCAGGAGCUGCUGGACAUCAAGCUGGCUCUGGACAUGGAGAUCAAUGCCUACCGCAAGCUGCUGGAGGGCGAGGAGGAGAGCCUGCGCACUGCCCUCAUCAACUCCAACGGGGAGGAGGUGGCCAUGCGGAAGCUGGUCCGCACCGUGAUCAUCAACAACGAAGACGACGACGAGGAUGAUGAAACCAGCCACCGCCACCACCAUGGCAGCUGCGGUGACUCUGGGGACCCCGGCGAGUACAACCUGCGCUCGCGCACGGUGGUGUGCAGCAGCUGCGGUCAGCCGGCCGACAAGUCGGGCUCGCAGAACGCUGGCCUCAGCACCAUGUCCUCAGGCUCCUCCUCCAGCGUGACCGUCACCCGCAGCUACCGCAGCGUCGGCGGCUCUGGAGGUGGCAGCAGCCUUGGGGACAACCUGGUGACCAGGUCCUACAUCCUGGGCAGCUCCAGCCCCCGCCGGCAGGCUCAGGCCCCGCAAAACUGCAGCAUCAUGUAACUCUGCGGCACCAUUCCUGUGUUUCCUGGCCAUCUCGAGCUAGUUUAUUCCCAAAGCAAAAGAUUUUUUUUUUCCUUUAAAAAAAAUGAAGAUAUCAAAACCAAGGUUGAAAUUUUUGUUUUCUAUAGCAGGAAUUUUAUAUAUAUAUAUAUAUUAAAAAUGCUAAAAGAUGCUUUUUUUUGUAAAGAAAAAUCUAUUUCUAUAAAAAAGAAAAAGCUUUUCAGCUUCACAACUUUUUUUAAAACUUCAGCCAAAGAAAUCAACAAAUAGUGUUUACUGAACAGCAAUGCAGGAAGAGAUUGUAGUUUAAUAGCUCUCUAGCUGAUACCUUUUUUGCCAAAGCUUUUUAUAUAGGACUAAGACAAGCGAAGCCAGCCCGGGUAUGUGCCGCUGCGCGGUGGCUGGACCAGAACUCAGAGGUGCUGGGGCAGAGGCUGGGCCACCCACACCAGCGCUGCUGCAGUGACCCCCACUACACUCCUGGGCACGUGCCUUGGAGGGCUGCUGGCUCCAGCAGAGCCCAGAGCCUUUGUAAUCCCCCCCCCCUUUUUUUUUUAAAAUCCAUAUCCGAAUUUCCCCAUGCUUUCCUUUUUUUUUUUUUUUUUUUGGUUAUGUCUCCACUGCAACAUCUCAGGGGGGCUCCCAGCAGCUUGUGGGCAGCGUCCUGGCUCGCUCCGUGGCCACGUGGGCAUUGCCACCUUCCCAGCCCCCCCCUGGCUCCACGCGUGGCACCCCCAGGCACCGCUUCCCCCCUGCGGGUUUCUCAGCAGCCGAGUUGUGCCUUAGCCAGGAGCCCCGCCACCAACGCAGCUCCGAGGUGAGUCCCAGGGGACGGCCGAGCUGCGUCCCGCUCCUGGCGGAUUCGGCUGAGGGGGCAGCGGACCCCGCUCUGGGGGCUGGAUCCGGCCCCAUGCCUGACGGGCUUCAGCCCUGCCGUGUCCAGCCUGGCUCUCCUCCAGUGUAGGAGUUCGGGCGCCCGUUCCAGGGCAGGAUGAGGCCAACGAUGCUCGGGCUGGGCUGUUUUGCCGGGAUGGCUGUUUGAGGGAGGGGGAUUUCGGGGUCUGGCAUGGGCAGCUCCCCUCCCUGCAAGGCUCCAGCCAGCUACCAGCAGAAAUUUCCACGUGUCGCCCCGCUGGGGGGAAGCCCCUGGCCCCUCUGUCUCCAGUGUGGCCCUGGGGCACAUUCAGGCCCCCAGCACGAGCCACCCCGCGUUCGGACCUGUGCUUGCAAAGCUUCUGUACCCGUGCCUGUAUCGCCUUCUGAAAUCAAUACAGCAGAAUCCUUCCCA